GAGCGGCACGGGGUGCGGAGCGGUGCGCAGUGAUGGGGACGUGCGGGGCGCUGCGCCUGGGGCUGCUGCUGCUCGGCGCCGCGUGCGGGGCGGCGGGCGAGCCGCACUCCAUGCGGUACUUCUACACCGCGAUGACGGAUCCCGGCCCCGGGCUGCCCUGGUUCGUGAUUGCGGGGUACGUGGACGGCGAGAUCUUCGUGCACUAUGACAGCACCGCGCGGAGGCUCGUGCCCCGCACCGAGUGGAUGGCGGCCAACAUGGACCAGCAGUACUGGGACGGACAGACGGAGAUCUCACAGAGCACUGAGCAGACUAACCGCUGGAACCUGGACAAUGUACCGAAACGCUUCAACCAGAGCGGCGGGUCUAACACACGGCAGCAGAUGUACGGUUGUGACAUUCUUGAGGACGGCACCACCCGGGGGUAUAAUCAGGUUGCCUACAAUGGGAGAGACUUCAUUGCCUUCGACAAAGACACGAAGACGUUCACUGCGGCAGUUCCAGAGGCAGUUCCCACCAAGAGGAAAUGGGAGGGUGAGGGGAGCUUUGCUGAGAGGUUGAAGUAUUACCUGGAGGAAACCUGUGUGCAGUGGCUGCAGAGAUAC